AAUGGAUGUUAUAUACAAGCCCUCUACCCUAUAUAUAUGAUCAAGCAAACCCCCCUUUCACAUAUUCACAUUUCCAUCCUAAACAUAUUCACUGCCAAGCUCCCAUCCAUGGCAGAAGAAGCUAAGCCGGAGUACAAUACUCUAUACCCAUGGAAAGUACAAGUGAAAGGAGGAUUCAAAGCAACUUCUUUCAUUUACGGUACGGUGGCAUUGGAGAACACAGGUUUUGUUGCAAACAUAGCGAGCUUGGUGCUGUAUUUCUGGCUCAAGCUGCAUUUUGAUCUAUCUGGUGCUGCUAAUACUCUCACAAACUUGAUGGGAUCAGCCUUCUUGCUAUCUGUUGUGGGUGGCUUCAUUUCGGACACUUAUAUAAACAGAUUCCACACUAGUCUGAUUUUUGGGACGGUAGAGAUAUUGGCUCUAAUGAUGAUGACAAUUCAAGCACAUGACGAGAAGUUGCAACCAGCAUCUUGUGGCAAGUCAAAUUGUAUGACAGGUAGACCAGCAAUCAUGUUCUAUGCAUCCCUGUGUUUGUUUGCACUGGGAUCAGGUGGGGUUAGGGGGUCACUUCCUGCACUUGGUGCUGAUCAAUUUGAUCAGAAGGACCCAAAGGAAGCCAAGGGUCUUGCAAGUUAUUUCAAUUGGCUCUUGCUCAGUACGGUAACUGGUUCAUUAGUUGGAGUCACUGUCAUAGUUUACAUUAGCACAAACAAGAAUAACCAUAACUGGUGGAAGGGUUUUCUCAUAACUCUUGUGAGUGCAUUUGUUGGUUUUAUCAUUCUUGCCCUCGGAAAGCCUUUCUACCGCCUUCAAGCCCCUGAAGAAAGCCCUCUAGUAAGAAUCGCACAGGUUAUUAUUGUGGCAAUAAAGAAUAGAAAGUUGCCACCUCCAGAGAGCGCCAGUGAAUUGUAUGAGAUUAAUGAGAGAGAAUCAGCUUCCACAGAGGCCAAGAUUGCUCAUACUGAACAGUUUAGAUCCCUUGACAAAGCUGCAAUUCUUCACAAUGAUGCCGAGCCCUUGCCAUGGACAGUCUGCACAGUGACGCAGGUUGAAGAAGUAAAGGUGUUGACAAGAAUGUUACCUAUCAUAGCCAGCACAAUUAUAAUGAAUACAUGUCUGGCACAACUACAAACCUUCUCAGUGCAGCAAGGUAACACAAUGGACCGAAAACUCGGCUCAUUAGAAGUCCCUGCUCCAUCAAUACCUAUAAUCCCCCUAAUCUUCAUGAUCAUCCUUAUCCCCAUCUAUGAAUUUACUUUUGUGCCAUUUGCGCGCAAAAUUACCAAGCAUCGAUCAGGGAUUACCCAACUUCAACGUGUAGGGGUCGGUUUGGUCCUUUCAGCCCUGUCCAUGGCAGUUGCAGCCCUAGUGGAAGUGAAGAGAAAGCACCAAUCCUUGGAGAAUCCAUUAAAGCCCAUUAGUCUCUUUUGGUUAUCGUUUCAAUAUGGCAUUUUCGGGAUAGCCGAUAUGUUCACUCUAGUUGGGCUGUUGGAAUUUUUCUACAAGGAAGCCCCUGCAGGCAUGCGAUCCCUUUCAACUUCAUUUACAUGGAUUUCACUAUCAUUUGGCUACUUCUUGAGCACUAUAUUUGUUGACACCAUUAAUGCCGUGACCAAGAAAAUUACACCUAGCAAACAGGGGUGGUUGCAUGGACAUAUCUUGGACCAGAAUAAUUUGAAUCUCUUCUACUGGUUUCUGGCCAUUCUUAGUGUCCUCAACUUCUUUAACUAUCUCUAUUGGGCAACAUGGUACAAGUACAAACCAGAAGACAAUGUUUCUAUCAUGGACAAAUCAAUAUCAAUAAGUGGUGUAUCACUCGUCAAGACAGCUGAGGAGGAUGAAUCCAAGGCCGCAAAUGGAGAAUCCACCACUGAACACACUGAAGUAAAUGAUGGGAAAAAUUGACAAAUUGGUGAUAUCCAAACUAGAUGAACAAGAAAUGAAAGCUCCAAACUGCUCAAAUAUGCAUAUAGAUCUCUCAAGAUAAUUGGCUUGUCCUCUUUUUGUAUCUGGCAUUGUUGUGUUCUGAAUAUGAACUGCCAUGUAAAUGUUUUUGACAUAAUAUGGUUGGACUCACUUUUAGAUAUUUAGUUACAACUAUAAAUCUGAAUAUGAACUGCCGUGUAAAUGUUUUUGACAUAAUAUGAUUGGACUCACUUUUAGAUAUUUAGUUACAACUAUAACUCUGUAAAAAAUUUGAGUUCUUAAGUAAAUUCAAUGGAUUUUUGAAAAUUCAAAAUGGUUUGUGUGGCAGCACUCAAUUUGAAUCAAAAUGUUUAGAAGGCUUUUGGGCAUUAUGAAGAAAAGUGACUCACUCCCUAUUGAAAGUAAAGCAAGUAUUGAAGUGAGGGGAUUGUACAGCACAAACAAGCGUAGCAAACCGUUGGUUGGGAAAGAAGACCUCUGUUGAAAAGGAGCAAGGCUGUGAUUUACAAAAGGAUGGGGAUUCAAAAAAAAAAAAAAAAAA